AUGAGUUCAUUAGGCACAUACUUCCUGGACGUCGUGUACUCGUUCACAAACUGCAUGGUCUGCUUCCCAAGCUCACCUCAACUCAAAAUCAACAGUCGGAGUUUCAAGAUAUUACGGUUGCUGGGCGAGGGUGGUUUCUCAUAUGUAUAUCUCGUACAAGAUAACUCGAAUCAACAACUCCUUGCGCUCAAGAAGAUACGAUGUCCCUUCGGACAAGAAAGCGUGAGCUUGGCGCUCAAAGAAGUCGAGGCCUACACACUAUUCUCGCCGCACCCGAACAUUAUACACUCGAUUGACUACUCUGUUGAGACCGACAAAUCAGACUCGUCUGCGAAGACUGUGUACAUCCUUCUCCCAUACUACCGUCGAGGUAAUCUACAAGAUAUGAUCAACGCGAACCUGGUCAAUCACACAAAGUUCCCUGAGCGGAGACUCAUGGUGCUGUUCUUAGGCGUCUGCAAAGCGCUAAAGGCAAUGCAUCAGUACAAGAUUAAAGGUGGACCUGGCGGCGCGCGAAGUGAGGGCAAGGCCAAGAAAGUCAGGAGAGAUGCAAAGAGAGCAGAUGCGGAAGCUGCAGAGAGCAUGGAAAUGCGCCCAAGCAGGAGAAACCGCGAUCAUGAGGAAGACGACGAACAAGAGGCAGAAGGACUGCUAGAAGAGUCGGAAGUUACAGCGGCGCAUGAAGGCAUUGCGCCUGGCGGAGAGAGGGCAUACGCGCAUAGGGACAUCAAGCCUGGCAACAUAAUGAUAGACGACGACGGCAAGACACCCAUCCUGAUGGAUCUCGGCUCCCUCGCGCCAUCACCAACACCCGUAACCUCACGCUCUCUUGCCCUACAAAUCCAAGAUACCGCCGCCGAACACUCGACCAUGCCAUACCGCGCCCCUGAACUCUUUGACGUUAAGACCGGCUCAGUCAUCGACACCAAAGUCGACAUUUGGUCGCUCGGUUGCACACUUUACGCAUGCUUAGUCGGCAAGAGCCCCUUCGAGGCUAGGUCAGACGAGACGGGUGGUAGUCUGAGCAUAUGUGUUUUGGGCGGUGACUGGAGGUUCCCAGAUGAGGGUAUGCAGAGGGGCAAGCAAAAGGCCAACCCUGAGGAUGCGAUCACAGAUAGUGUGAAAGAGGUGGUGAGGAAGUGUUUGAGGCUGGAGCCCAAUGAGCGGCCGGAUGUUGACGAGCUGAUUGACAUUGUCGAGGAUGUACUGAGGGAGCUCCCAGAGGAUGGCUCGGACGACUAG